AUGUUUGAACCCUUGUACUGGGUGUCACACACAAUCUCUAGUCAGGGUAACCCGGAGCUGAGUAUCCUGACUGAUGCCAUGGAGAAGAUCCGCUACUCGGGAAGCUGGGCCACAGUGCAGCAUCUCUCCGUCAGAGGCCUGCUGCCCACCACUGAGAAUUACAUGACGUACGAGGGUUCUCUGACACAGCCUCCAUGCCACGAGACUGUCACCUGGGUGGUGGUCAACAAGCCUAUAUACAUCACUAAGCAACAGCUCCACGCUCUAAGAAAGCUCCAUCAAGGCACCAAGAAGAGCCCCAAAGCUCGAAUGGUCAACAAUUUUCGACCGACCCAACAGAUGUACCACCGGCCAGUGCGCACUAAUAUUGACUUCACUAACGGCAAGCAUCUCAACUGUCCCUCCAUGGCGAGGCAAAUGUACUACACAGGUGAGUACAUAGAGAGGAAGAUGUACUUCAUAGAUGAGUACAUGGACAGUAAGAUGUGCUUCACGGAUGGAGUAAAUGAACUUCAAGCUACUUGCCAGAAAGAAGGAAAGGAGGAAUACCCGUCAGAGACAUAA